AUGCACUCAAUUAGGGUUUCAAAUAAUAUUUAUCAAUCCUUAAAUGUAUUCUCUCGUACAUUAAAAACUUUACACACUCCUGUUUAUAAAAUAAACACAUUACCGACAAGAGAAAUAUUGCUUCAAAAAAUUAUUGAUUUAGAUAAUAUUUUAUGCCAAAGUUCACAUAAUAAAUUUUUAUUAUAUCAAUGGAAAUAUAGAAAUACACCACAAUUGAUUACAUCUGAUGAUUAUUUAAUAUCACAGAAGGUAGUAAAAGAUUAUAUUGAGUCUUUACAACAAGAUGAUGCAAAUAGCAAGGGACUUCAGAGACACAAAGAAUCUAAGUUGGGAAAAAUAGGUAUCCAAUUAUUUCUCGAAUGCCAUAAUAACAAUGUCACACAAUUGAGCACUUCACUAGCUACGGGGAUCAUGAAAAUCUAUAAUAAAAAUCCUAGUAAAAGCACUUUAGAAGGUAUUAAGUUAGCUUUCGAUUUACUAAGAAAUUUUCUCAAUGAAAAUAAAAUCCAAAUCAAUGAUAAGGAAGAGGUUAAUGCAGUUGUGAAGAAACAAUUGAAUGAUAAUGAAAAAGAUAUACAAAUAGUAAAUAAAGUUUUGGAAUCCAUAGAUUACAAUUUGUUUUCUGAUGAUAUUGUGAGAUUUGUUCGAGGGAACACGUUUCUAGACAAUCUUGAAGUUACUAAAGGCUGGAAAUUUUGUGACGGUAUAAUUGCUUCUAAUGAACCUUAUUUGAGAUCUCUGGAUAUACCAAAAAAAAAAUUAGUUUCCAUAGACUCUGAUCUAUUAGUCUUAAUGGUUGACGGAAAAUUGACCGAGGCCAACAAGAUAUUACCUUCUAUUAAAUACGCUACGAGGUCUAAUAAGUCAUUAGUUUUGAUUAUAGAUGGCGAAGUUAAAGGAGAUGCGCUGGCCGCCAUUUCAAUGAAUAAUAACAAAAAUAAACGAAAUAAUAACGUAAGCAGGACUAUUAUUUUAAAAUACAAUCCUGCUUCAUUCAAUGGCAUUAGCUUACAAGAAAAUCAUUCAUUGAUUAACUACUUGAAGUUACCAUUGGGUGUCUCAAGCAUCUAUUCACCGAACUUCAGUGAAUUUGCCCCAAGUAAAGUAAGUGCAGAUAAUUUUUUUGGUUCCCUUAACUCAAUAAAAGCUACUACUGGAGAAGCAUUCUUAUAUAGUGAUUCUAGCUGGGAUAUGACAUCUGAUCCAGAUAUGCAAUUUAUAAGGAAAACAGUCACUGUUCAUGUAGGGGCAUCCAGCAAAGUUGAAAUUGACCAAAGAAUAGGUAAAUUAGACAAUCUUGUAAAUAAUAUACUUUGCAACGGUUUGGCAGAAGGAUUUUUACCAAGUUAUGGAACCUCAUUGAUAAAAUGCAUUCCUCUAAUCAGUAAGCUAGAGUCAUCAAUAGACGACACUGAUGUAAAAUUAGGUAUUAAUGCUGUAAUGGAUGCUUUGCAAUUAUCUAUGAUUUCAUCAUUAAAAAAUUUAUCAGGACAUAAAUUGAUUCAAGUGACAAAUAAUAUAACAGAAACAGCAUAUAAUAGUUCAUUUGAACAAGCAAAAAUCGGUAAUACAGAUGAAUUUAUCGAUUUAGUGAAAUUGGGAAUAUUAGAACCAUGGAAUAAAGUUGAUACGACAUUACAAAAUACCUUAAAGUUUAUAAAUGCUAUGACUAGUUUUAACAUAGUUGUUUCAAAAGUCUUUGAAAAACCAAAAAAAGAGUAA